CCGCGGCGCGACUUGUGUUGCAGUAGCACACAGUGUGCAGAGGCGCUGAGAGACAAACAGGCAACGAACCGUGACGAACAGACCCGAACCUGCGUGGCAAAAAGACUCUUCUAGAGAAUGACGUCCAUUUGUCCAAGAUGCGACAAGACUGUGUUUUUCGCUGAGAAAGUGAGCUCUCUGGGGAAAAACUGGCACCGCUUCUGUCUGAAAUGUGAACGAUGUAGUAAGAUUCUGUCUCCUGGGAGCCAUGCGGAGCAUGAUGGAUUGCCUUACUGUCAUAAACCCUGUUACGGAACUCUCUUUGGACCAAAAGGUGUAAAUAUCGGAGGGGCGGGGUCUUAUAUAUAUGACACGCCUCCUCAAACACCAGUUGACAAAUCAUUUAACAGCCCUUCAGACGGAGCACCCACCACACCUUGGACCAACUCACAGAUCAACUAUAAUCAACCCAAAGCUUCGAAUGCUCCUACACGCAUGUUUGCUGGAGAAACUUAUUCGUGUCCCGGCUGUGGAAAGGCAGUUUAUUUCGCCGAGAAAGUGAUGUCACUGGGUCGCAACUGGCACAGGCCUUGUCUUCGCUGUGUGAGGUGCAAGAAAACACUGACCCCUGGUGGUCAUGCAGAGCAUGAGGGCAGCCCAUACUGCCAUGUGCCCUGCUAUGGGUACCUUUUUGGACCAAAAGGUGUGAACAUUGGAAAAGUGGGCUGUUACAUAUACGAGAAAGAAAAUGCAGAGAAUGAAAUCCCAAGUGAGCAUUAAGUCAUAACGAAAAAGCUCUUUUUUAAAAUUUGGUACUGAAGUGUUGUUUUUUUUUAUAUAUAUAUUAAUAAAAUUGUAAGGUGUAAAGGUUAAUUUGAUAUAUGCAAAUGUCUCAUGUGUUGUAAUUGAUAAUCAGAAAUGGCCACUGGCAUCUUAAAAAUGAAUACUAAACAGUCCAUACUCAAACACACACACAGGCUCUCUCUCUCUCUCAUUUUUCUGUUCCACAAUUUCACAGAUCAAAACAUUGAUCCACAAUUUCAGUGUAUUCAUUCACAACUCCAUUUUAGAAAAUCUCUAAUUAUUACAUGGCACUGGAUACAUUUUUAAAUCUUAUAAAAAAAAA